GCGGGACAGAGCGGGGUUUGAAAGCCCGGCGCGCACCCAGGGAGCGGCAGUUCAGUCAGUUACUGGGGAUGUCGGUGUUACGGCCGCUGGACAAGCUGCCAGGCCUGAACACGGCCACCAUCUUGCUGGUGGGCACGGAGGAUGCUCUUCUGCAGCAACUGGCCGAUUCGAUGCUCAAGGAGGACUGCACCUCGGAGCUGAAGGUCCACUUAGCAAGGUCCCUCCCUCUGCCCUGCAGUGUGAAUCGGCCCCGAAUUGACUUGAUUGUGUUUGUGGUCAACCUUCACAGCAAACACAGCCUGCAGAAUGUGGAGGAGUCCCUGUGCCACCUGGACGCAGCAUUCUUCCUAGGGAAGGUAACCUUCCUCGCCACGGGAGCUGGACAGGACAGCCACUGCAGCAUCCACCGGAACACCGUGGUGAAGCUGGCCCACACCUACCGGAGCCCCCUGCUCUUCUGUGACCUGGAGAUAGAAGACUUCCGCGCCACCAUGGCGCAGCGCCUGGUCCGCCUGCUGCAGAUCUGCGCGGGCCACGUGCCCGGCGUCUCGGCCCUGAACCUGCUGUCCCUGCUGAGGGGCUCCGAGAACCCCUCCCUGGAGGACCUGUGAGGCCCCCGGCCGCCCUCCCCCGUGGCUGGGUGCCCAGGCCAGCAGUCACUGUUGCUGGAGACCAUGCCAGGGCUUGGCAGGCCUGGGUCAGCGGGCAGUUCCCUCAGGGCCUAAAGUCCUCGCGUUUCAACAGGAAGUGCCAGGGGGCGGCGGGGAGCAGUCCAGCUGGUGGGACUCCAGCCCCCUACCCCUCUCAUGCCCACCCCAGCAGAGCCCCAGGUCUUCGUUGAUCUGACUUGUUACCUCUCAAGACUUCGUUUGAACAAAGGGUCCGUGGCUGAAAGUUUGAACAUCACUGAACUCAUCCACCACUUUGAUUUUGUAGAUGAGGCAACUGACUCCAAACAAUUAAGAGUCAGAGCGGGUAAGAACUUCCCUGGUGGUCCCGUGGCCAAGACUGCGCUCCCAGUGCUGGGGGCCCGGAUUCAACCCCUGGUCAGGCAACUAGAUCCCACAUGUUGCAACUAAAGAUCCUUCAUGCCUUGACUAAGACCCAGUGCAGCCGAAUAAAUAAAUAAAUAUUUUUAAAAGAGUUGGGCAGCGGGAGCUUGAACUCUAUGAGCCCAGUCCAACUCCACAUCAUGGCCUUGCCAUUCUUACGGGACUUGCGGAGCCUCAGUUUCUCCAGGUGUUAGAUGGAGAUUGUUCAGCUUACCUUGCUGGUGUCGUAAGGGUUGAGUGACAUGGUGGUAAAGGUGAAGUGCCUGAGGUGUACUGUAUUACUCCUGCGCUUGUUUGGGUGCUCCAUGUAUCUCCUAAUAAAUGUGUGAAUGCUUGCA